UUUGGUUGGUCCGGUGACAUCUGAACCUUUUUCCAAUCUCACGACACUAGAAUAUACUCAUGGCAGGUAAGCUCCAUAAUCAGGGAAGAAAGCUCCUCUUUUCCGAGUUAUUCAAAGACCAGGAAAAACUCUCGUCGGAGAAGAACCAACCACCGCCGCCGCCGCUGCCUUUCGUUGCCAGUGAUCAGAAACUAAUCAAAAGGACAGAACCUAUGAUCAUAUCAAGCAGCGAGUACGGGUCACCCAGAUCCGCGGAUCUCUCUCAUACAUCUAGUUCUUUUCUCGGAUCUGAACUUAGCUCCACCACGACUGAUAGUGACGAUGAAGACGAUACUGAUUUCAUUGCGGAGUUAACAAGACAAAUGACCGAUUAUAUGCUUAAAGACGAUGAAGAAAUUCUGUCGGAAAAGCCUUAUCAGGUGGAGGAGAAAGAAUUUGGAGAUUGGGUGAAAUCUGAAAGGAAGGAUAUAGAGAGAGAGCAGAUUCUGCAAAAUGGGUCGGGUAUGAGAGCCGUAUUCCUAGGGAGAUCCGGUUCAAGAACUGAAUCUUUGGGGACUGGUGUCUUUUUGCCACGUGGAACCCCCACAAUAUCUCAACCUCGUAGUAAAAAAACAGGUUGUUCAACUGUUCUUAUACCAGCAAGAGUGUUACAAGUAUUACAGCACCACUUUGCAAAUUCUGAUGUCAAACCAGCUAUAAUUCAAAGCAAUGGUUUAUCGAGUCAAUACCCUUUUCUAGCCGGUGCUACAACAACAACAAGGAGAAAUACACAACAGGAGAAACAACCGCAACACCGAACCGGUGAACAAUCCGAGGAUGUGUUUCUCCCGAAAGAAUGGAUCUAUUAAAUCGGGUAUUGGUGUCGGGUUGAUCAGUCAAUAAUAAUAUUUCUGGUUUGUUUAAGAAGGAAUGCCAAGAAUACAAAUAAUAAUGGGGUAUAGUAAUAAGAAGAAGCCUCAAAACUGGUUGAAGAAAGAAGAAUAUGCAGGAAGUUAGGAAUUGAAAUGUAAGUAAUUGUAGUAGCUUGUAAUGUGUAUUAUAUAUAUAGUUUAGAAGUUGUAAAUUUUACAUAUUUGUUACCAAUGAAUGUGAUUAUAUAAGUUUUAAUAAUGUGAAAUUCUUUUAAAUAUUUAUAAUAAUAUAGGUUGUUUGAAAACAACUUGAAAAAGAUAAUGUUAUUUUCAUUUGAU